UGCGCGGGGAGGCGCUCGCCCCGCCGUGGGCGCGGAGGGGCCGCCGCCGCCGGCGGGAGCCGCCUGCCGCAAGGACGGGGUGACUCCGGCCGCCGCCCGGCUCCGCAGCGGCGCGGGAGCCGCCCUCGCCCGGGGGCACCGCCGCGGGGCGCGGAGCCGCAGUGCGCGCCUCGGUGAGAUCUCUGAACAACAACUUUUUCACGUAAAUUGACAAAGGUGGAGAAGAGAUGGCCAGUUCAGCCCGAGAACACCUGCUUUUUGUGCGACGUCGCAACCCCCAGCUGCGGUAUACUCUGAGCCCAGAGAAUCUGCAUAGUUUGGCAUCUCAGGGCACCAUGGCUGAGAACAUGAACUUGCAGCGUGCCAACAGUGACACUGAUUUAGUGACCUCGGAUAGCAGGUCAAGUUUGACAGCCAGUAUGUACGAAUACACCUUGGGGCAAUCUCAGAACCUCAUAAUUUUCUGGGAUAUUAAGGAAGAAGUAGACCCAACUGACUGGAUAGGACUUUAUCACAUAGAUGAGAACUCUCCAGCCAAUUUUUGGGAUUCCAAGAAUCGGGGAGUGACUGGCACGCAAAAAGGACAAAUUGUAUGGCGAAUUGAACCUGGCCCCUAUUUUAUGGAGUCUGAAAUAAAGAUCUGUUUUAAAUACUACCAUGGUGUUAGUGGAGCCCUCCGAGCUACUACUCCAUGUAUCACUGUGAAAAACCCGGCUGUGAUGAUGGGAGUGGAAGGCACGGAUGAAGGUGCUUCUGGAGCCCAGCAGUCUAGAAAGUUGGUCAGCUUUACCCUGUCAGAUAUUAGAGCAGCUGGACUUAAAAAAGGCAUGUUCUUCAACCCUGAUCCUUAUCUAAAGAUGUCCAUUCAGCCAGGCAAGAAAAGUACAUUUCCUACAUUUGCUCAUCAUGGCCAGGAAAGAAGGUCGACCAUCAUCAGUAACACAACUAAUCCUGUUUGGCACAGAGAGAAAUAUUCUUUUGUUGCACUUCUAACAGAUGUCCUGGAAAUUGAGGUUAAAGACAAAUUUGCCAAGAGUCGCCCGAUCAUCAAGCGCUUUCUUGGGAAGUUAACCAUACCUGUUCAGAGACUACUGGAGAGACAUGCAAUUGGAGACCAGGUUCUCAGCUAUAAUCUUGGCAGAAGGCUCCCAGCUGAUCAUGUAAGUGGGUAUCUCCAAUUCAAAGUGGAAAUCACAUCUUCUGUUCACGAAGAUGCUUCACCAGAAGCAGUUGGCACUUUGCUGGGAGUUAACUCUGUAAAUGGAGACUUGGGGAGCCCCUCCGAUGAUGAGGACAUGCCAACAGGACAUCAUGAUACAUCCACAGUGUGUUCCAAUGGUCCAGUCCUCGAGGACUCUUCUGGAGAAGCAAUCCUGCGACACCCUUUAAGGACUAGUACAACUCUGGAGACAGAUCAGGAUGACUUGACCUCCGGUGCUUCAAGAUCAUCGCCUACCAGAGGUCGCCAGGACUCGCUAAAUGACUAUCUGGAUGCAAUAGAACACAAUAAUCAUCCCAGACCGGGGACGUCUGCCUGUGGUGAGCGUCCCCACGGAGCCUCUCCAAAACUGAGGAGCAGUUUCCCAACUGACACAAGACUUAGUGCUAUGCUUCACAUUGACUCAGAUGAAGAGGAGCAUGAGCUACAUCAAGACCUGGGUUUUCCGUCUUCCUUGGAAGAUGAUGGUGGUUUAGUAAUGCUUAAUGGUGCUACAAGAAACGUCGAAAGGAAUGGUCUAAGUUAUUCAUCAGAUCAGGUAAUGCAAGGGCCUGCAGAGAGCGAAAGCGUUUCAGCCUCUGAAGCUCCUUUGCCAUCAACUGAUGAGCAGCAAGAGGCUCCCCCAGAGCUUCCACCGUCCCAGUUAGCAGGAGGUGAAACCCUGCAGGGUUCUCAAAGCGAAGCAGCAGCAGAGCAGGCUGGCAGCGAGUCCUGUGCUGCUCAGGAGGCAGAGCAGCCCCCUAGCAGUGCGGACGCAGGAUCUGCCAGUGCCUCUGCUGGGAGCAGAAGGGGUGUUAGUGAGACGGAAUCCAUUGAUCAGGGGUCUGAACCUUCCCAGAUGUCAUCAGAAACUGAGCAGAGCGAUCCUGCUCGCACGGAAAGCGUCAGUGAGGCUAGUACCCGGCCAGAAGGGGAGAGUGACCUGGAAGGGGCGGACAGCUCUUGCAAUGAAAGCGCAACUGUGCGACGUUCCUCAGUUGAAAUGCGGUGUUCUUUUGAAAGCGCCAGGUUUCCUGAGACCCCAGCCUUUUCUUCUCAGGAGGAAGAAGAGGGAGCUUGUGCCACCGAUGCAGCUAGAACUGAACCAGGUGCUGAAGCACAGGACUCUGCAAGUACUUCUGGCUCUCUACCUGUGGUACAGUUACCUCCAGAGGAAGCACAGGAGGCUGAGGCAGGUGAAUUACAAGACCGAGAGGAAGCAGAAGAAAUCUGGCAAAGGAGAAGAAGCCUGCAGGCAGCAGCUGCCAACAGCCAGUCUCAGGAGGAAGAACCUGAAGGAGCCCAAGCAGCUUGUGAGGGUGCUACAGCACAGGUUGAAGGAGCUACUGGAGGUUCUCAAGCCAAUGGCCAUCAGCCCUUGAGGUCGCUGCCUUCGGUACGUCAGGAUGUUAGUCGGUACCAGAGAGUGGAUGAGGCUCUACCACCAAACUGGGAGGCUCGGAUUGACAGCCAUGGACGGAUUUUUUAUGUGGACCACGUGAACAGGACAACAACAUGGCAGCGACCCACAGCCCCCCCAGCCCCACAGAUUCUCCAGAGGUCAAAUUCCAUACAGCAAAUGGAACAGCUGAAUCGCCGGUACCAGAGCAUCCGAAGAACAAUGACUAACGACAGGCCUGAAGAGCAUACAAAUGCCGUGGAUGGAGCUGGAGAGGAAACUGACUUUCACCAUUCUAAUGCAGAUUUUCGAAGAGAGAACGUGCUGCCUCACUCUACCUCCAGAUCCAGACUUACUUUAUUGCUCCAGUCUCCCCCUGUGAAAUUCCUUAUCAGCCCAGAGUUCUUUACAGUGCUGCAUUCUAACCCUAGUGCCUACCGCAUGUUUACAAAUAACACGUGUUUGAAGCACAUGAUCACCAAAGUCCGGCGGGACACCCACCAUUUUGAGCGCUACCAGCAUAAUCGUGACUUGGUGGGCUUCCUCAACAUGUUUGCUAACAAACAGCUGGAGCUGCCAAGAGGUUGGGAAAUGAAACACGACCAUCAGGGCAAGGCUUUCUUUGUUGACCACAAUUCCCGCACUACCACGUUCAUUGAUCCCCGGCUUCCCUUGCAGAGUAGCAGGCCCACUAGUGCGUUAGUCCAUCGGCAGCACUUGACUAGACAACGCAGCCACAGUGCUGGUGAGGUCGGAGAGGACUCCCGUCAUUCAGGACCACCGGUUUUGCCGAGACCAUCUAGCACAUUCAAUACCGUCAGCAGAGCGCAGUACCAGGAUGUGGUUCCAGUGGCUUACAAUGACAAGAUUGUUGCAUUUUUGCGGCAGCCCAAUAUCUUUGAAAUUUUACAAGAGCGUCAACCAGAUCUUACCAGGAACCAUUCACUCAGGGAGAAGAUCCAGUUCAUCCGGACGGAGGGAACACCUGGGUUGGUGCGUUUAUCCAGUGAUGCAGACCUUGUCAUGUUACUCAGCUUGUUUGAGGAGGAGAUAAUGUCAUACGUGCCGCCACAUGCCUUACUUCAUCCUAGUUAUUGCCAGUCCCCGAGAGGCUCGCCGGUGUCUUCGCCUCAGAACUCUCCAGGUACUCAGCGUGCCAAUGCCCGAGCUCCAGCUCCUUACAAAAGAGAUUUUGAAGCCAAGCUGAGGAACUUUUACAGGAAGUUGGAGACUAAAGGAUAUGGACAAGGCCCAGGGAAAUUGAAAUUAAUCAUCAGGAGAGAUCACUUGCUAGAAGAUGCCUUUAACCAGAUCAUGGGCUACUCAAGAAAAGACCUGCAGAGAAAUAAACUCUAUGUCACGUUUGUUGGGGAAGAAGGGUUGGACUACAGUGGACCUUCAAGAGAGUUUUUUUUCCUGGUGUCUAGAGAGCUCUUCAAUCCAUAUUAUGGUUUGUUUGAGUAUUCAGCCAACGAUACCUACACAGUACAAAUAAGUCCCAUGUCUGCUUUUGUAGACAAUCACCAUGAGUGGUUCAGGUUUAGCGGUCGAAUUCUUGGUCUUGCUCUGAUACAUCAGUAUUUGCUAGAUGCCUUUUUUACACGACCCUUUUAUAAAGCCCUCCUCCGAAUACUCUGUGACCUGAGUGACCUGGAAUAUCUCGAUGAAGAGUUUCACCAGAGUUUGCAGUGGAUGAAAGACAAUGACAUACAUGAUAUCCUAGAUCUCACAUUUACUGUAAAUGAAGAAGUUUUUGGGCAGAUCACAGAACGGGAACUGAAGCCCGGAGGUGCCAACAUCCCAGUAACUGAAAAGAACAAGAAAGAAUAUAUAGAAAGAAUGGUGAAAUGGAGAAUUGAGAGAGGAGUUGUACAACAGACAGAAAGUCUAGUUCGUGGUUUCUAUGAGGUGGUGGAUGCGAGGCUCGUGUCUGUGUUUGAUGCCAGAGAACUGGAACUGGUUAUAGCUGGAACAGCAGAAAUUGACUUGAGCGACUGGAGAAAUAACACAGAAUAUAGAGGAGGUUAUCAUGACAAUCACAUUGUGAUCCGGUGGUUCUGGGCUGCUGUGGAAAGGUUCAACAAUGAACAACGACUAAGACUUUUACAGUUUGUUACAGGCACGUCCAGCAUACCUUAUGAAGGAUUUGCCUCUCUGCGGGGGAGCAAUGGUCCAAGAAGGUUCUGCGUGGAGAAGUGGGGGAAGAUCACUGCUCUUCCAAGGGCUCACACUUGUUUCAAUCGUCUGGACCUUCCCCCUUAUCCGUCAUUCUCUAUGUUAUAUGAAAAACUGUUGACAGCAGUUGAAGAGACAAGUACUUUUGGACUUGAGUGAUACACAAACCACAGUGCCCAGCUCACUGGACUUUUGUGGGUCUGUCUUCUCAAGGAAUGAAUGAACGUUUGUAUUGGAUUUCCUAGAGGAAAAUUGUUUCACGGUGCAAUUCAAAUAAUGAGGUUCCAUGAAAGAGCUUCUGAAGCAAUUAAAAUGCAUUGUAGUAGUGGCGAAAUUCUCUACGGUGAAACUAGAGUGUGCCUGAUGUGCAGGGAAAACCAAUUCUUGCAAUCCAUGGCUUUUCAGGACAGCCAAAUUUCUUAAGUUUAUGUUCUGAGCAAACAAGAAACGUGAUCCCACGUUACAAUCAACCUGGCUACUGCAAAACUGACACGUAUCCGAAAACUGGAUUUCAUCAGAGUUGUUGAAUAGCAAAUGCAAGGAAAAAUGUGAAACCAUUCAGCCCCUUACCUACCCAGUAAAUUAUCAAAAAAUCAUACGAGAGAUUUUUAUUUUUUUUUUAAAUUCCUGAAGGUACAUUACUUCAUGCCGUGUUGUAAUAGCAUUCUCAGUACUUGCUUUACGUAAGACUACGAGUGCCUGCAUGGGGUGCACCACAGAGCUCAAGUCCCUGGGGCAGAAGUGAAUUGGAGGGAAGGUCAGAGCCAAAGGAUAUCACAGCAACGGCUUGCGUUGAGGUUUGUGGAAAUGUGUUUGCCAGUGGUGUGUAUGACAAAAGAUUAGCUGUUAUAAUGAACUUAAUGACUUAAUAAGACUGAUUUUAUGCUUUAUACUGCAUGGAAACUAUUUUAAGAAGAAACUAGCAAUUUAUCACAGCAUAUCAGGAGAAAAACCCUAACACAGUGACUUCUGUUUAUUUUUAUAGGUUCCUUAUAUUAUGUUUCUUAGAGUGUAAACAGGAAACAAGCAAACUAAAACGCUCUUUCUGUUUCUGUCACUUUCCAUGCUUGAACAGACAUUCUGCUAGUGUUUAUUCUUUAAGCACUCUCAAAGGGGAAAAAAAAUGCCUUUUAUUUUUAUAAGAGUGAAAAACUCCCAAAAAUAUUUUGCACUGAAUGUACCAAAGUUGAAGGGACAUUAUGAUCUGACUGAUAGCAAACUGCAUCACUAUCAAGUAUCUAUAAAAAUGCUUAGGAACCAGGCUUUCUUCACGGUGCCAUGUCUAGAGAAACCAGGACUGUGCACAUAAGUAAUAAUUUUAUAAUACUAUAUGUGAUGUUGUAAUAUGCAUUUAUUUUAAAUGCAUCUGGGUCAUUUUUCAUGCAUUGGAUAACUUAAUGCAGUGGAUUUUAAUACAGAUAUUUCAUAUGCUCCCCACAACUUUUGAUUUGUACAGCACCAUAAAACACUAGCUCAGCUGGGAAACCCAUGGGUAACCUGCUUCAAGGUGAGCCACUGGUCACAGUGCCACUGUCCCGUAUCAGUGAACACCUACAAGAUGUAAACUGUUCACAUAGUGUCUAAGCUUGCAUUUCCACUGAUAAAUAGUUUCUUAUCAAACGGUAUUUGGAAGAGUUUUUAUGGCAUAUCAAACACUGCAUGGACACCAAUUUCUUUAUGCUUAAUUUUGCUGAAAUACACGAGGCUUGCUGGCAUCUAUUUUUGGUACUUUCCUCCAGACGGUCUUGUGGAACACUUGGGCAGCUGCGCACCGUUUCUUGUCCAGCUGCUGUCACGCAGUGCGUCCACCACAUCUUAAAAUUCCAGGAAGUUGCGCUUGGAUACUGGAUGACAAGAACGUGAAUCUAGCUUUGCGCUAGCCCUCUUGAUAGCCCUGAAGCACAGCAAGCCCUGUUCUGUGGGAAAAGUAGCUUUGGAAAUAACGCUCUCUCUUUGGAGACUCUCGAAAGGGCAUCUCGGGGAGGUAUCCUGCUGGUUCUUGUGGCGGGUUUUUUUCCAGCGGCGGUUCACGUCUGUGGAGAUGUCGUCAGCAAGGACUGCCACUCCAGCCUCCAAGUCAGAAGGCAGGUGCAGCUGUGGUGGUGGCAGCCAAGACUGAGAAAACCCUUUAGGCUUACUGAAAAAAUUGUUGCCUGUGCAAAGGAAAAUCCACUUGCAAAAUCAGAGCGAAAGCAUUCUUUUAUUUCAGGAAUAAUUGAGCUUCUGCAUGACAUCCGGGACUCACUUAAGUAACAUAGGUUUUCUUACGCUACUUCUGGCUGGUAUGAAGUGGCAAACUAAAAUGCAAACAUGUCACCCUAUUUUUACACAUGUAUUUAUCAGUCUUUGCUAAGAUUGCAUGCCACAGAUCCUAAUGCGCAUCUUUUUUUCAGAACACGAAUGAGCAGUAGGCUGACUCUUCAUCAGGUCACUCCAGCAUAGCUCAUGACCCAUUCACCGAGUAGCUAAAACUCUGGCACUCGGAGCAGAAUGCAACUUCUGACUGGUUGAAGGACUGCACAAUUUAGAUUUUACAAUACCGUAUUAUCUGUGGUCUAAAAAGGAGAUUUCCCAGGUGGAAACUGUAUCUACAAGUUUUGAACCAGAAACUCUUUGGAAUGAAGUUUAAAUAUUUGGCACAAAUUAAGUUUAUACUAGUCUGCCUUUUAAGUUAUGCUUUUGUACAAAACUAAACCAAUAAAUGCAUCUUGUCAAUUUUUAUUUAAAUAUAUCUACUGCACGCAUUUGUUCUGUAUUUAUGCAUGUCAAACUAAGUCAAAUCAGCCACGAUGAUCUGGUAAUCUGUAAAGAUGUGACAGGGUCACCAGUGGGGCAGCUGUCAGUUAAAAAAAAAAAAAUAAUUAAAAAAAAAUCCAGAAUCCUUGUAGUAUUAAGGCCAAGAGAGACUGAGGAGGAGCUACUGCUUCCUCCUUCGCUGCCAGCACCACCUGAGGGUCUCCAGAGAAGCGCUGUUUGACAGCGAUGUGGCGUUAGCGCCCUGAGUACGGCUGCCUGCGGUGUCUUGCACCCUUGGCUGGCUCUGUGCAAUGAUACGAGCGAUGCUGCUGCUCUGAAGAGAUUAGCAGGGAGGGAAUACAGGAAAGGAAGCCUGAGCUUUCCGAGAUACCCAUGUCUCCUGGCUACUGCUUGGAAUACUCCCCCUUUGGUGUGGGAAGCCAUUCCUGUUCAACAUGUCCCAAGAGAAAGCCAGCUUUCCGCGUCCUGCAGAUGACCGCAACGGGUGACCACGGUGCUUCUGCUUACAGCGCGCCGUGCCAGGCGCGAGGGUGCGGAUGCAGGCUGAGAAGCCUUUUGGAAAGCUCUGUAUCUUCUCGGAGCUUUUCCAGACGGCGCUGAGGAGCUUUGCAUUUAGGGAGGGUGAAAAAGCUGGUCAGCCUGAAGCAGACAAAAGAUUCCCUUCAGCUGCAGCGAGAUGACAGCUUGUAUUAACUUACCUGCAGCAUCUCCGUCUGACAGAGCCUGCCUGGGAGGUCCCCGCGAGAGCUCAAGUGAGCUGCCCAGGUUUCCCGCUCUGCUGGGGAGCAGAACCCCGCGUUGCUAGCCAAAAAAGCACCUAGCAGGUCCUUGCAGACCUGCGCUUGCCUGCCAGUGGCCUCUGUCCGCGGUGUCCCAGCCGAGCAGAGGUGUGUGUUGCUCACCGGGCACUGCUAGCGGUCAGUUUACCCAUAACGCUCCUAAAUACACCAGGAAAGCUGGUAAUUGAUAAAAUUAUGCAACGUGGCACCUCCUUUAGCAAGCAGUUACCUGUUAAAAAUCUGCCAGCCAACAGCGGUUUAGGGUAGCCGUGGGUUUGCCCACAGCAGGCAGGAGACAGCCAUCCACUACUCCUGUCACAUCGUCAGCAGCAGCUUGCAGAGUAACACGGCAAAGCCUUCUUGCAAUCCAAAAUCACAUCCAAUCUAUCUAAUCUGCAGUCCUGCUCACCUUUCCUCCCCACCUCCCUGCUCUUUUUCCUUACUAUUUAUCAAAUAAUCGCCUUUUUGCAGUUGCCUUUUUUGCUUUUAAAUAUAUUUUUCAGUAUCCUUGCAGCAAUCCCCCCAUAAAAAGGUGUUAAUGAGGCUUAGGGAGUACCCAGGGUGAAGCCCACCCUGGGCACCAGGUGGCCACGGCACUGGAGCGGCAAACGUCGGGUCACCCAGGGCAUGGUGAGUGCAGUCAUCUGCGGGCAGACUGCACAGCUGGGCAGCAGCGUGCUGGCAGCACAUCAGACAGAGCUGCUGGCGUGAGUUAAACUGGCAGAGGACCGGACUGGUAGUUUGCUCAGUUUAAAAUUAUAGGAAAGGAGAGGGUUCUGUGGUUUCUUAUUUAUUUUUAAUACUUUUAAAAGAAAAAAAAAAAAAAAGAAGAGAAGCUUCCUUCUGAAGCAUUUGCAAUGGUAUCAGCUGGUUGCUGAAUGUAAUCUCAGCAGUAUUAAUUGCAGAUGUUUACUGAAUUUCGCUGCAGAGGUUUAAGGAGAUCCUCGGAGCACCCUGUCUCUGCUGAGGGAAUUCCUGUUCACCAAAGGGGAAUCUGCAUCAGCUGUGUCUGAAUAGCCAGUUGGGAGUUCAUUUCCCAUAGCAUGAAGGAAAUGAAUUCUUUUCAGCAAAUGAACCUCACUUUGUGUAUUAAGUUAUACUAGCAGUUACGUUUUUCUUUCCACUGUUUUUAUGUGGAUGGGUAAUUAUUCCUGUUGGCAUGGACGGGCAUUGAGCAAAGCUUGGUCUCCAGUCGCAAGAUUGCAGACAGCUUUAACAUUAACCUUACAGUGCUAAUGCUCAGCCGUCACUGCUGUUUCCCCUUCUCACCCUUUCCUUUCCUUCCUAGGCAAGCAAACUGAACUCCAAACAAAAUUUCAGAAUAAUUACUCAGACCUGGCUUCUUCAACUGCUUGCGUUUUGGCUCAAUUACGCAGUACAAAACAGAACUGCAGAAAUGUUAUGGGUUGACUAGCUCACCAAUUGCAAGUGAAAUAGCCUUUACAAUUUCAUUAGCAUAACCACAGCAACUGCUGUUGGACUAGUCUAACCUUCUUGCCUAAAUAUUUUAAAAUAAAAAAGCGUUCAGGAGGUUCGGUUUGAAAUUGCUUGUUUGCUGGAAAAAUAAAUACACAGUAGGUAAACAGGGGGAAAGAAGAACUUUAUUGUAAAGCCAGCAAGGCAGAAAGCCUUUUUACAGCCCAUUUUUGUUGGCAGUAUGCAAAAUUAUAAAGCUGACCAUAUACACACACAGUGUGGUUUAUGUUUUGCAUCUCUUUCAAACAGACCAUGAGCUUCGUAGUGCUUUUGUCCCGUCUCAGCGCUAUACUACUGCUAUAUGGAAUAUUCAUUGCUAUGAAAAGUUUUUUAUUCAAACAUUUCUGGUAUUUUCUAAAAUAGUUUUACUGUAAAGAAAGGUAUUGUUCAGGCUGAGACUUCAGUUAGGGCUCUACUUCAUAGACUCAUGAUUAAUUUCAAGGUUCUAUUUAAUAUCAGUGACAUUAUAAUGACCUUCUGGUCACUGCUUAGGGAGGCUCCUCCUGACCGUAGGGAAAAGCUGACAGUCAGGGACUCCUCCGGAAUGGUUACAAUCCACUGUAGUAUCUGUAUGGAUUCACAAUGCAAUUAAAUUACCUCCUGAGGACUAUGUAAAAUAAUUGCUAUGCUUAUUGAUUAGCCCCUGCCUAAAUCAAUAAUUGGGAUUUUUAACUUGUUUCCUUUACGUACCAAAGGCAGUCCAGUUACAUUGCAGAAUAAUAACAAAAAUUAACAUUUUGAUUUAUAAAAUUUAGAUGUAUUCUGGCAGGUCUCUUAAAGUUGCAGUGAAUGCAAAAGGAGCUAAACUAUGCUUCUUUCAAUCCUUCCUCCCUUCAAAAAUCUUAUAUAUGAAAUAUAUGAAUAAUGAAACUUGGAUUUUGUUUUUCAGUUUGUUUCUUUUUUAGAACUUUAAGAAACUUCUCGCUCAGCCCCUGCUAGAAAAAGUCUUCUCUACUUAAGAGGGCUUUUGCUAAGCGCUCAGGAGGUACAUUGUUCUGCUAAUUGAAGACAGUUUUGUGCUGACAUCAAUGUAAUCGGCUUUUAAAUGUAUAGACCUACAAAACUCCGCAGGACUCUGGUCUCCCUUACUCUGGGCUGCCUUCCAAAGGCCAGCCGGCCUUUCCCUUUUAAUUGCACAUAAUCCUGCAAUCACCCAGAGACAAUCAUUGACCACCUACACUGGCUGUAGCUAUAGUAUCAGAAUAAGUUGUGGGUUUGUUUAUUUUUGCAUCAAGAAUUAAACUGGUCUCCUUUGCGACAAAAGCAGGUCUGUUCAGUCUGGGGAGUCGGUGGGACAGCUGUUACUCUGACAUCUAGGUUGUGAGUGGUUUAGGAAAAAUAGUCAUAAAAGUUUUUUGGAAAACAGUUGAUUAGGCAUCCAAGGGUAAAAUGUCCUUUUGUUUUGGUUUUGCAAAAUUAAUAGGGGGGGAGGGGGGGGCGGUUCUCUGGCCAGAAUUUCUGAGCCUCCGUGGGCUGCUCGGGGCUGUUGGCUGGAAGGGUGAGUCACUCUUGCAGGGAGGCAGGGUGAGCGCUGAUCCAGAAAUCACGGCAGCAGGUGAUGCGUCACCUUAGUGAGGACUGUGCCUUCCACAGGGGGAGGCUUUUGCAAUACAGCCCUUGAACAGGUUUCUUACAAAAGCUCGUCCAUACCUGCAUUGCCUGCUAAUUGCUAAUACAAGCAGCUCCUGACAUAACUGCAAUGACUAUUUGGCAUCUCUCAUUUUAAAUGACAAUUACAAUUUUUAUAGUUAGAAACGCUCACCUAGCAGUAUAAAUUGGGUCAAUAAAAGAUUUUGCUGAGGCAUCAUAUUUGAUUGCCACGCGGACUGCAAUCAGACAUUGGAGCCAAGUAAUUUAAAAAUAGAUUGCUGUGUGAAUAAGCAAAUAAAUCGCUGAAGCCUCAUAAACAAUACUAAGGAAGGAAUGUAAUUGUAGGUGCUGUAAUGAUAAGAUAUGACCGUUCCACACAGCAGAUCAGGCACACAAAGUGCAACCGUGGAAUAAUCCUGGAGUGGAGACACGACUGAACGAGUAGGGACAGAAACGAGACUCUGCUUGGUGAACGGGGGGCAGGCGGGUACACACAGGGGAUCGCUUCUGCUGGGAAAUCGAGCUGGGAUAGUGUACCCAGGAAAAAACGACUGUUCGUCCUGAAAUAUGUUGGUGUCACUGCAAAUGCAAGCUGUAUUUUACCUAAUUCAGGUCUUGAAAAUCUAAAAUACACAAUCAGAAAGCAUUCUUCUCUGUUCGUUUUUCUUGUGUUAUUGGAUUGCGUGUUUUUUUGUUUUUUUUUUUUUUUAUUUGGACUAGACUUAUGAAGAUGAAGGCUUCUAAAUAGGGGUGUCUGAAAGUCCUCUUUUGUUUCUACAAAUAAUGACUGUGUUUAUUACUAGCUGCAUUCUGCAAGAGAAGUAGCAUGUGGUAAGGAGUUAAAUCACCACUACCGAAGGUGGCUUUCAUUUUAAACAGGAUGGGCCAAAUGCCUGGCAUGUAGAUGUGUGAAAGUGUAUUUUUGGGUUGCCGGGCUUUUAUUUUGGAUAGUUGGGGUUUGUGUUAUGGUUGUGUAAGAACCAUGAAUCUCCACAAAGAGAGGGACUGAUAGGACAUUUCUAAAGCUUAUUUGAGGUAAUUAAAAUGUUCUCAACGUUACCAAAAAUAAUACUGUGUAAGAGGGUAGGAAGAUUUCAGGAUCUGGUUCUGUACCUAAAAGCUGACCAAGUUCUUCACCUAAAAGCCAAGACUAUUGGAUAAGUCAGUGUAAGAGUCAAAGAGGAAUUCCUUGCAAGUUUUCUUCAUUAACAUGGUAUCUGAGGUGGUAAGAGUUUUAUAUAAACUUUUAAGUUCUAAGCGAGAAGUCAAGUGGAAUGUUGGACCAUAAUGGUUCAGUCGUUCCAUAUGGCAGGACACUUCUCUGCAGUGAGCCUGCAACACUCAGGAGCCAGCUGUUUAUCAUCGGCAUUGCAGGGAGGGAGAAGAAUUGUAAUAAUAAAUAAGUACAUAAGUCAUCUUAGGAGGAUGCUGUUUCUUUGCACUCUGUUUUCCUUUGGAGUGACAUAGCCUUGAGGGCAUCCACGAAUCCCGAUCAGCAAGGCUGCUUUUUGUGUAAGUGACCAAACAUCUGUACUUGUAAGGGCUGGUACGGCAUGGACUGGGGCAACUUUAGGGAAAAGGAAGGUGAUGAGGGGUGUGUGGUGUGGCAUACUGCUACCCCCUCGCGAGGUUGCGGUGUGGUUUAUUCAGCAUGUUUGAAAGCACAUACAGUUUUACAAGUUUUUGUAGUGGGGAUGCAGGCAUCCAGAAUCUAACUGGUCUAUAGGUGCAUCUCCCUCAUUUUUGACAAUUACUUGAUAUAAUUUUAUACCAAGUUCUUUGUUUUUAAAGAAUUUCAGGCACUGAGAAUAGAGUGUGUAUUUAUUUCUAAGCUUUACAUAGAACACGUGGUGUAUUUUUUAACCCUUUCCAUACUUUUCAGUUAAGUGUUCACAAGACUGUAUAUCAAAUACAAUAUCAAGUUUUUCUAUCUUUCUACAAGCCAAUUUAAGUUUCAUCUGAAUUUGGUAUACGUCUUUCACAAAACACUAAGUGGGGAAUAUGUGCUUCAGGCAUUAAGAUGGUGUGUGUCCUUUUCUCCAUUUACACUGCAUUACAUUUCACUUUUUUUCCUUUGAGGCAGAGAGAGCAGACGCAAAAUGUGUCGAGUGUUAACGGGGGCACACACUGUGUUUCCUUGUGCCUGGCUUCACGGAAUGUACUAUAAUGUUUGCUCACAGAUUCACAUCAUUAUCUACUUGGUUGAAUACAGGAGUGUUGUGUUGUAUUUCCUGUUACUCAGCAUUCGGGGAAAAGAUUUUUCUGUGUAUAAUUUUAUUUUCAUACUGAUCUCUAUUUUGUUUAAGACCAUGUUUCAUCAUGAAAUCACUUAAUUAAAAAUAAAUCUUCUUACAAAAUCCACUUUGGAAAUCAGCUCUUUUAUUGGGCCUCUGAAAAUACUGUAACGUUAUUUUUUAAAUGAGUACCUCUUAUCUCUAGAUCAUUCCAUGUCCUUUGCAGCAUUUUAAAACCUUUUAGAGAAACCACAGGAUAACUCUUACGUCACCUUUUCGAAGUGACUUCUGGUGGCCUAUGGAGUCUGACAUGUUACAGAUUGUAAUUCUGGAGGCGAAGCAAGUAAGGAUUCUGCAGCCAUCUGCAACAUAAUUUGAGCAAGAACUACGUAUGAAACAAAAACUAUGACAAACAAAGCACCAGAUCCUAUGGUCAACAUGUGGGAGAGGCCCAGGCUUCAUGUAAGAGUCUCUGCUUCUGAACGGAGCUUCCGAACUGGCAGCAACAUGCUUUACAACAGUGGCUGUAGCACAGAGAAGCACUGUUACUUUCACAGGGAAAUUUCUUCAGGGAAAAAAUACAUUUUUCUGUCUCUAAUAAAAGUCAGGGGCCCCAGCCAAACAUUUCCUUCUGCUUUUGUAACAGGUGAUACUAGUUCCAGUAAGAGAAACUGGUCUUUUAUCAGCGGUUGGGCAGGGGUUCUCCCCACCAGACACAGUCCAAGGAGACCUUUGCUCUAGAACAGUUGCACGGCAAGUUCUUACUUACUCUUUGUAGAAUCUAAGACUGAUGUGUUAUUUCUAUUAUUUUAAAACUUUUUUUAGAAAGUAAUUUUGUGUUACCUUGCUGCUACCAGACAUGUGAUGCAAGCUAACCUAAAUCACUGAAGGAGAGCUGCUGUGGGAAGAGAAGCGGCUUUGAGACUUCAGUCUUGUCAGACUGUUGUCAUUCUUGAUGUUAGACUCGAAAGACACAUCCAGAUGACGGAUACCUGAUGCCAUGCAUUGAGCAAUUGCUCGUUUUUUCCUCAGUAUAGAGACCGGAGUUCGUAUGAAGCGCAUGCUGGGCGACAGCGAGGCAGCCAUGAAUGAGAGAAACAACAUUCAGUGUCAGUAAGCACAGGAGUAUCCCCCCGAAGACGGGCAGCGUCACACUGUGAUCUGAGACGCACUGCAUGGCACGUUUUCCAGUUAGCCUACUGCUCUGCGGGGUGCUCUGGCACGCCAGCUCCAUGCUCUUCCAUCAAGCAAACAGCGGCGGACGCUUUGCACAGCAACGAUCAGGCAUUGCACAGACAGAUUUGCUCUUGCUUCUUGAAGGCUGCAGUAGUAGGGGCAACGUGUAGAAGAUGCGGCUCUUUCCCCAUGACUUUUGAACUGCCAGAGGCUGAAGAUGCUCAGGUGACGCAGCUCCCUGCUGAGAAGGGUCGUUGCUGUCUGUCCGGUCCAAACUACAUCAACCCCACUGCAUGUUUGUGUUGAAAUUGGCGCUUCUUGAGGGAACUGAGCUUCUGCCACAAGAUAUAUUAGAAGUCGUGUUGUCAUGAGGAAAGGGCAUGGUGUGGACCUCUGCAGAGACAGUGGAACUCUGCGGGAGAGAGUGAAGACUUUGGACUUUUUUUGUCAAAAAUAUCCACAGCUCAAAAUACUGAAAGUCUAGAUGGAAGGUCAAGCGAGCAGGACUUACGCUUGAAAAGCAUCUCUUGUUCUUACAAGAGGCUCUGAAGACGCCGUUGCUGCAGAGGCUGAGGCAAGAGGCUCUGUGCAGGGUCGGGCUGUGUAACCGCCAUCAGGAGCUGGUGCUGUUCCACGGGAUGUCG